GACAAGAACAGACACAGGUUUGUUUUGGGGUCAGAUUGGACAAGAGCAACAUCGGCUGCUGGUCAAGAAAACAAUUCCACUCAGGAAGGGAAGGCAAGAACUAGUAAUCAAGGUGCAAGUCCCUUGAAGGCACAGUCAUGUUGCUGUCCAGUGAUCCUCCCCAUAACUGGGGCAGCCCUUGGAAGAGGUUCCUGCUCACAGCUACCCUGCUCAGCUUGUGGGCCCACCCGGGAUCUGCUCGGCUCUCCAUCGUCACCGUCCCAGACCGGCCUGUAGAAGGAGACAACGUGAGGCUGACUGCCCUGAACCUCCCAGCCCAUGUGCACAAUGCCACAUGGUACACGGGGCUCCAGGCCCGCUAUCCUGACAUGAUCACCCACUGUGUUUCCACCAGCCAGGUGGACCCUUGUGUCCAGCACGUUGGUCCUGCCCACACCAACAGGGAAAUUUUGACAAGCUGGAACACACUGGAAAUUGGCAACAUCGCUCCUUCUGACUCUGGCUUUUAUUCCCUGGUGCUAAACACUGACUCGGGCCUGCAGAAGGCAUCCACCUACGUCCACGUGCAGCGCACACACACUGAGUUUCUUUUAAAACCAAACAUCUCAGUCAACAUGAAUGUGGCUUUGGAGUCAAAGGAUUCGGUGGUCUUCACCUGUCACACUGUCGAAGACAGCUUAAGGGUCCUCUGGUAUAACGGGGGCAUGCUGCUGCAGGGGGGAGAGCGGCUGGAGCUGUCCAACAAUAACAGGACGCUGACCAUUCGGUCAGUGAGGCGAUAUGACCAAGGGCUGUACUUCUGUAGGGUGUGGAACGAGUCUGACUACAAGACCAGCGAUACCGUCGUUCUGACCGUGAUCUAUGGACCAGGAGCGGUAGUGACGCUAUCAUAUCCACAAUCAUCUCAGGGGAUUCUUGAGAGUGACCUCAACUACUCGGUGGUUCUGGACUGUGUGACUUCGGCAAACCCCGAACCCCAGUUCACCUGGUCCCUUAAUGGCAAGGUGUGUGGUACCGGGGAAAAGCACAUUAUCCGGAGGCUGACCCCAAAGGACCUGGGCAACUACACGUGCACGGCUCAGAACAACGUGGGCCAGCUGACCUCCCCCCCCAUCCAAGUGCAACUGCCCAAGACCCCUCCAGAGGACACUGAGCCCAUUGAGCCCGAUCCCGUUAAUUCCCUCUCUGGAGUUCCUGCCAUCUGUCUGACUGUCGCAGGAGGGGCAGGACUGAUCACCUUCUUUGGGUGCAUGUUGUAUGCUGGGAUCAACAAGAAAGCACUGCAAAAUGGAAGAAAGAGUCAGUGUGGAUGUUUCUGAGACUGGGACACCAGCUCUUCAGCCCAAAAGGUUCUGCAGGAGACAAGAAGACCUGGUACUCCCAUGAGGAUGUGGAACAUUUUCUUGUGAUACACACAAUCAAAGGUUUUAGUGUAGUCAAUGAAGUAGAUGUUUUUCUAGAACUCUCUUGUUUUCUCCGUAAUCUGAAUGUUGGCAAUUUGGUCACCAGUUUCUCUGACUCUUUGAAAACUAGUUUGCUCAAAAAUUAGGAAAACACUUUUAUAUCCAGAGGAUCUGAUAAAGGCCUCAUCUCUAAAAUAUAUGGAGAAUUGACUCAAAUUUAUAAUAGUCCAAGCCAUUCUCCAAUUGAUAAAUGGUCAAUGGAUAUGAACAGACAAUUCUCAGAUGAAGAAAUUAAAACUAUGGGUAGUCACAUGAAAAGGUGCUCCAAAUCACUACUUAUCAGAGAAAUGCAAAUUAAGGCAACUCUGAGAUAACACUAUACACCUCUUGGAUUACCUUAGCUGACAGGAAAAGAUGACGACAAUUGUUGGAGGGGAUGUGGAAAACUGAGAUACUGAUACGUUGUUGGUGAAACUGAACGAAUCAACCAUUCUGGAGAAAUGUUUGGAACUAUGCUCAAAAAGUUAUCAAACUGUGCAUAUCCUUUGAUCCAGCAGUGUUUCUACUGGGAUUAUAUCUCAAAAGGAUCUUAAAGGAACCCACAUGUGCAAAAAUGUUUGUGGCAGCCCUCUUUUUAGUGGCAGGAAACUGGAAACUGAGUGGAUGCCCAUCAGUUGGAGGAUGGUUAGGUAAAUUGUGGUAUAUGAAUGCUAUGGAAUACUAUUGUUUUAUAAGAAACAGCCAGGAGGAUGAUUUCAGAAAGGCUGGGAGAGACUGACAUGAACUGAUGCUAAGUGAAAUGAGCAGAACCGGGAGAUCAUUAUACACAACAACAAGAAGACUAUACGAUGAUCAAUUCUAAUGGAAGUGGCUCUCCAUCAACAAUGAGAGUAUUCAAACCAGUUCCACUUGUGUAGUGAUGAAGAGAGCCAUCUACAUCCAGGGAAGAACCCUAAGAACAGAGUGCGAAAUACAACAUAGCGUUCUCACUCCCUCUGUUGUUAUUUGCUUACAUUUUGUUUUCUUUUUCAGUUUUUCCUUUCCUUCCUUCUUGAUCUGAUUUUUCUUGUGCAGCAAGAUAACUGUAUAAAUAUAUAUAACUGUAUAAAUAUAUAAACAUAUAUUGGAUUUAACAUGUAUUUCAACAUAUGUAUCAUGUUGAAUGUUACAUUCAGCCAACUAAGUUGGUUCAACCAAUUAAGGAUAGUGAGGGGUGGGGAGGGAAGAUGGGGAAAAUUUGGAACAAAAGGUUUUGCAAGGGUGAGUGAGGAAACUACCCAUGCAUAUGCUUUGUAAAUAAAUAAAUAAAUUUUUAAAAGAAAAUAA